AUGUCUAAUUUAAAUGAAUCUGCAUCUAACCUCACUCAGAGACUGAUGGAUCAAGAUGCACCAACUAAGGCAUUUUUGUUUGUGACACCAUGUGUUAUUUUCCUCUAUGUCAACGGGGUCAUGCUCUUUACUUUGAGGAAAAAGACUGUUUUUCAGGAGACGUCCCGCUAUAUUCUGUUUGGUCACAUGCUUUGGGUCGAUACUCUCAAUCUCUUUAUGAGUGUGGUAUUGUAUAUAUGUGCUGUCAGUAGGAUUUUAAUUAUGAAGAAUGUCUGUCUUCUUCUUCUCAUUGCUGCAACAGCUCUCUUUCAGGUCUCAACUUUAAAUCUGGCAUUAAUGUCACUGGAGAGAUAUGUGGCCAUCUGUUUUCCUCUCAGACAUGCAGAAAUCACCAGUUUUAAAAGAACUCACACAGCUAUCUGUGUUGUUUGGGUCUUGGGUUUGAUUCAGUGUUUGUCUGAGAUGAUUAUCUUUUAUUCUUUUGAUACUACAAACAUAUCAAUGAAUUUGUUUUGCUCAAGGACUACUCUGUUCAGAUUGCAGAUAUAUAAGAAAUUUGAUUUAGCUUUCACAUGUAUAUUUUUUGUGUUAGUAUGUUUUGUUAUAAUCUUUACCUAUGCUUCUAUAGCAGCUGUGGCUAAAACAGCUGCCUGUGAUAAACUGUCAGCCAAAAAAGCUAAUAAGACUGUUCUUCUGCAUCUAAUACAGCUGGGUCUUGGUGCAUCGUCCAUCUUAGUUGGAGUUGUCCAAGAAGCUAUUUAUGUUUAUACUGACUUCUUGACUGCACUAAAUGUAAUGUAUUUUUGCUUCCUAGUGUUUAUUAUUUUCCCCAAGUGUCUAAGUCCUCUUAUAUAUGGUAUGAGAGAUCAGGCCUUUUGCUGUCUGUUUAAAUACUACUUUACAUUUGGUAAAGGUAAAGUCAAACCAGUUGCCAUAGAGUUACAUGUUUAA